UCCCCGCCAGGGGGGUGCGCGACGCGGAAAUCCGCCCGGGACGCGAUCGUGGGGCUCCCCCGGCGCCCCAGGGACCCCCGAGACCUCCAGGGACCCCCGCGGGUCUCCUUCAACCAGCGGCGUUGCAAAAGUGCCCGGGCAUCGGCCAUCGGUGUCCCCUCAGAGGAACCCCGGCCACCAACCGGUCGGGGGGGGGGGGGGGUUCCGGAUGCAGAAAUCGGCCCGGAUGCAGUCGCGGGGUUUCCCCGGCACCCCCAGACGCCCACAGACCUCCUAGAUCCCCAUGGACCCCCUCGGAUCCCCACGGAUCUCAGUAAACCGGCGGUGUUGCAAAGGUGCCCAGGCCUCGGCCUUGGUGUCCCCCUAGAGAAGACCUGGCCCUCACCAAGGGGGUGCUCCCAACGUGGAAAUCGGGCCAGGACGCGAUUGCUCCCCGGCGCCCGGAACCCUGGAGGUCGUCAGGAACCCCCACGGAUCCCGAAGACCCCCGUAAACCGGCGUCGUUGCAAAAGUGCCCUAGCAUCGGCUGUUGGGAGACGGUGGCCCAGGGCCAUUUUCUGUGUUCCCUGUUCCAAACCAUGGACCAGCGAGUCCGGCUGCCCGAUGUCCGGCCCGGCCGCUGGUACCAGUUCCGAGUGGCUGCUGUCAACGUGAAUGGCACCUGGGGCUUCACCACUCCUGCUCCGUCGGCCCCACCGGCGCCUGCCGAUCUGCGUGUGCGGAACUCUACAGUGCAUGGCGCUGAUGGGACUGUGGCUGCCACGUGGCCUGGGAGCCCCCCGAGGACCCCGACGUCCCCGUGCACCACUACAGGGUCUCCUGGGGCCACGUGGCCGAGGGGCAGCGGCGGAGGAAGACAGCAGACGGGCGCCGGAGCUCAGUGACCCUGCAGCGCCUGCGCCCCGGUGGCAUCUACACCAUGCAGCUGCAGGCUGUGAGCCAGUGGGGGCCUACGCGGCUGCGGAGCCCCGAAGGCUGCCCUGCACUUCACGGCCGCCGGCGGUGAGUGACAUUUCUGGACACCGGAAGUCCCGCCCACCACCUCUCGGGCCCCAGCUCCAGCGCAAGGCAUUGACACUGAGUCAGCAUCACGCGAACUUCCCAGGAGCCUUUGCAGUGAGCACUCUGUCAAUCAUGGUCAUCAGCAUUUUGAACGGACUUCCCAGAAGCCUUUUGGGAAGGGCUCCUGUCAACCAUGGGUCGCCAUGGAGACACCUCAUGGAUUUAAAACACAUAUUAAUCAACUCCACACUAAAGAUUAACUCACUAAAUGAAGGGAGCGGUACAAGGGGCAGGCUGGCCCUGCAGACUCUGUAG